AGCAAUUAGUUCCUCCUCCUGCCGAGCGUCCCGGCGCUUCCCUUGCUUGCUUCCUUCCUUCCCUCCUUCCCCUGCCCUCCUCCCCUUCCCUCUCCUGCUGCUGCGGCAAAGUCGGAGAUGUGUGUGCGCAGAGAGGGCGAAGGAAUGAGAGCUGCUCGGAGUCCAGGGCUGCUUUUCCUCCCUCGUCCUUCCUCCUCCUCUUCCUCCUCCCCUCCGGAGUGGCGCAUUGUGUUGGGAGCGCUGGCUGUCCCGGACCAGGCGCUGUCCAAGGUGCUAGUCCUGCCCGAGCGCCCGCCCCGGACGCAUGCCUGCCCUCCUCUCCCUCCGCCCGCCUCUUUCGGCUUUUGACGCACGAAGCCUCUUCCUUGGCGAGGAAGCCACCAUGGUGUUUGCGCCAGCAGGGGAGCAAUCUGGAAACAACCACGAGGAAGCCAGACUACAACAUGCCAGCAAACAGAUAGUGCAUACUGCCAUUCAGCAAGCUGUCCAGCAGUUCUCCCAAGAGAGCCAGCGAAAGGAGAAAUGCACAAACAGUAGUGUGAACUUGCAGCUUGAACAAGGGCAAUUAACUAAGAAGCACGAGAAGAAGUAAACUCCUACUACUUCUGAAUCCCCUUUUCUGGAGUACUUCUGCCUUCAUGAUACUUCAGUUGUAUCGCCAGUGUAACUCUACUAGGAAAAAGCAAACCAAAGUAUAACUUGGCUGUAGAGGUAGAUAUAUAAAGUUGCAAUAGUUCUCAGCUGAGAAAUAAUGUCUUAAGAACAUUAGGUCAUGUAACGUGAUAUUUAUGCAGUGCCUCUCACACAAGUAACGAAAGAAUGCCAUGGCAAUGAAGUAUUGUCAAGCACAAUUUCUUCCUAGGCUAUAGCUCUAUAUUCAAAAUGCCCCUGUAUUUCUGUGUAUAAACCAAUGUCUAGAUAACUAGUGGACGCUUCUUUCAAUGUUCUAGGAGGCCAUUGAAUGACACACAGAAGUAUAUGUGAGGUGAUGUGUUUUCUGACUCCGUGAUGCCUACUCUUGUACAAAGUAAGAAUUGCAACAUGCAGAAUGGCCACAAUGAAAUAGAAGUGGAAACAUCUGUGAAUGGAUUUUUUAUUAACAUGGUGACCCUCAGUCCAACAAAGAGUAAAGCUUGCUUCAACGCA